GGUGCCGCAGGGGGGACCCCGACACCCGCCCGCGCCCCGCGCAGGCCCGAACGGAACCGGGGCCGAGGCGGCCGCAGAGCCCGAGGCCUCCGGAGCCCAACCCGGUACCGGAACCUGCUCCCCAGCACCGGAACCUGCCCCACCGGUACCGGAACCUGCCCCCUGGUACCGGAACCUCCUCCCCAGCACCGGAACCUGCCCCACCGGUACCGGAACCUGCCCCCUGGUACCGGAACCUGCUCCCCAGCACCGGAACCUGCCCCACCGGUACCGGAACCUGCCCUCCCGGUACCAGAACCUGCCCCACCGGUACCGGAACCUCCCCUCCCGGUACCGGAACCUGCCCCACCGGUACCGGAACCUGCCCCACCGGUACCGGAACCUGCCCUCCCGGUACCGGAACCUCCUCCCCAGCACCGGAACCUGCCCCACCGGUACCGGAACCUGCCCCACCGGUACCGGAACCUCUCCUCCCGGUACCGGAACCUCCCCAGCCGGUACCGGAACCUGCCCCCUGGUACCGGAACCUCUCCCACCCGGUACCGGAACCUUCCCACCCGGUACCGGAACCUGCCCCCCGGUACCGGAACCUCCUCCCCCCAGCACCGGGAUCCCCCGGACGUGAGCGGCUCCAUGGGAUGGAGCUGAGGGGUCACAUCCUGACCCCCGGCACGCACAGCCCUGCAGGUACGUGACCUCUGACCCCUGGCUUGCGGUGAACCCUGACCUCUGCCCUUUGGAGGCCCCGAGUGCCCCUUGGUCCCUGGGAGGUUGUGGGACCCUGACCUGUGCUCACUGUGACCCCUGACCCCGGCGCCCCUUGACCUCUGACCUGAAACCAGGGACCUGACCUGUGUCCCAGUGACCCAUGGUGACCCUUGACCCCUGCUCCAGUGCCACGUGGCCUGGUACCCUCUGACCUUGGUGCCCAA